CCAAGACUCCAAUCCAGCGAAAGGACCGAAUCGUGCGCACGGAAUUGUGCAUCCACGGAGCGCCGACGGUUACACAAGGCACCUCUCACGCCUACCCGUGCCGCAUCCCGUGAAGAAUUAUGUGGAGGCGCGAUGCAUGAUGCUAGGCGAGAAUCCAGCUAUUUCAACCAGGUUUCAGGCUCAACAACAGAGGUGGUGACAAGAAGAGCGGGAGGGAUAAUAUCAAGCAAAUAUCGCGGACGUGAAGAAGAUGCAGAUUUGACGUCAGCUCCAGAAGCUUGGGGAAGUCGCGGUCCAUCGACCGAGGUCAUUGCCAGACUUCGACCGCCACCAGUCAAAGCAGUCCCAGACAGCUGGAGUAGGAGCCACCAAACAUCCUUCUAGCCCGAAAACGACCAAUUUGCGGUCAACAUGUCACCGAGUGAGGCCGCAAUCAUCGUUGCCCGCUUUUUGAAAGCCAACAGUUACGAUGAGACUCUGGAUGCGUUCAUCAGGGAGGCUGGGCUACCACCCAGUGCUGGAUCCACAAACAAGGGCGAUCUAACCAUCGAGAAGAUCCUUGAGGAAAAGCGAAUAUUCGAUAUGAGUGUGCAAUUCGAAAGACUUGGCACAGAUGACGGCGCUCACGGUUGGGGCCAGCAUGCGCCCGCCUUGCCGAAUGAAAUAGCAAGUCCGACACGUUCCAACAUCCUUCACAUAUCGCUGCCACAGGUAGCGAACGCGACCUCCGGCGAUGCAUCUGAACCGCUGUUGGUAGCCACGACUGCUGAUCGCCGGCUCAAUGUUCACAAUCUACCUGCAUGCACACUCAAGGACUCGCUAUUGGCCCUUCACGACUCGCCAGUGCUCUCAACUGCUGUGCUGAAACAGACACAUCUACUGACGGCUUCCAUGUCUGGCCAGCUUGCAAUCAGUAAUAUGCAGGGUGAAGUUUUUGACAAGCGCCGCGAUCAUGCCAAGUAUGUUGUGCAGAUCGCAACACAUGAGUGCGAAGAUGUGACAUGGCUCGCAACAGCAGGAUGGGAUGGCAAGGUCCAUCUUUACAAGCUGGAUUUUGCAAGUAUUUAUUCGCCGAAACUGCCCCCUCCUGUUGCAUCCAUCUCGCUACCAACUAAUCCUGAGGCGCUCCUGUUCAUCAAGCACCCCGACAAUGACUCCCUAGUCCUUAUCGUCACUCGCAAAGACUCUACUCAGCUCUUCUACCACAGUGUUGAUAGCGAGGCUCGUCUACUCGGCAAGCAGAAUUUGGCGCCGCACAGCAAUGCCUGGAUCGCCUUCACACCAUCCGCGAUAGCUCUCUGCCCUACAGACAGCACUCUCAUCGCAGUAGCAACCAGCGCAAUGCCUCACAUGAAGCUACUAAUCGUACGUCUAAUGGUGCCCUCAAUAGACGGCGAAGUCUCACUAGCCUCCAUCGUCCCUGCCGAAGAGACGCAAGCUUCUCAGGCACGCGCAGCACUGGCCCUGCAGGACCGUGAAUCAGCCGCCAUCUUGAUCCACUGUACAACCAUGGCACCACAGACAGCCUACAGCACUCCCGCAUUGACAUGGCGUCCAGACGGCACAGGUGUAUGGGUCAAUAGCGACGACGGUGCAAUUCGCGGCAUUGAAGCCACAACUGGAAAGAUCAUCGCAACGCUCAAAGGUCAUGAACCCGGUAGCAAGAUCAGAUGUCUUUGUGCAGGAUAUGUGUCUGAUGGAGAUGCAAAACAGGAGUGGUUGGUCAGUGGAGGCUUUGAUCAUAAGCUCAUUGUCUGGAAGCCUGAAUCUGCAAAGUAAAGAUUUUUUUUGUUGAGAUGCAACACAGUCGACAGACGUCUGUCACGAGCUUACAAUUACGGUCAUUGGUGUGAUCUUUACGCUCCAGUACCUUCGAUUGGAUGGACUGAUGUUGUUGCUCAUGCGAGGGAUCAUUUGACACAUGCAGUCAUUUCAAGCAGGGUCUUCCCAACGACGUGACAUGACGAAACUCUAGACAACCUUGUGCAUGCCCAGAGGCUUGGGUCUUGAGUUAAUAGGUAGAGGCGGUAGAU